AGAUGGUGGUAAUGGCACAUCACCUCUGCCCCCAGGAAGUGGACCUACACAGAAAUUUAAUGGCCCAUGGUUUUCUACUCAGCUAGCAUUGUCAUUAUCAAUCGGUGUAACAAGCUUCUUGCUCUUCUGUUUUCUGAGAACUAGAUGGGAAAUGGUAUAUAUGGGGAGAACAAAGCUCAAAGACUUUUCGCCUAUAUCUGCUCAUGAUCCAGACGCCCACUAUACUCCCAGUACAAACAGGUUCUUUGGUUGGAUUUUGCCAACAUUAAAGACGUCCGAAUUCACCGUCCUUCAAACUGUCGGGUUGGAUGCCGCUGUUUUGCUUCACUUCUACCGAAUGUGCUUGAGCCUCUUCGGGGUAUCAGCUUUACUGGCCCUGGUUGUUCUUAUACCGCUCAAUCUCUUCAGACACGGAUCAACAGACUCGGGAGCCGAGCAACCAGGUAACAACGAUACUCUGGCAUGGAAUGGGACAUCGUCCUUCUCCCCUCACCAGUUAUUCAAUACCACAUCUCCUCAUGCCAGAAGUAGCCUGUACGAUCUCCUUCUUGACCCUACUACGUCAUCUACCAUCCAUCUCAUAUUCACCUACCUCUUCACUUUCCUCUCCCUCUCAUUCUUUCACAAGAACUUUCACAGUUUUGUCCUAUCUCGCCAAGCAUUUGGAUUACAGCUCAUUCACUCUAUCUCGGCCCGCACAAUCCUCGUCACUAAGCUUCCCACCCACUUGCGUGGCGACCGCGCCUUGGCCGAGUAUUUCGAGGCGUGUAACUUUAACGUGGAAAGUGUCAACAUCUGCCGCGAUGUGGAGCCGCUCCAACGCGGCUUGGAAAAGAGAACAUUGGCUCUGACAAAAAUGGAGGAAGCAUGGGCUGAUUGGGUGGGCAACCCCGCGAAGAAAGGAUCAGGCUAUGACCCGCAUAUCUACUCUGGCAAGAGCACCCCCCAAGGACAACAUGAAGGCACCAGAGAAGGCAUGUUGGUGGAUGUCGACAAUAGUGAAACCAACGAUACGGCCUCCUUAUUAUCUACCGCUCCCCAAACAUACGGUACCUCUGAAGACACUGAGGCCAAUUCCCAUCCUCACGCUCACGUCCAUAUCCAAACCACUCGACCACGACCUACUUUCCGACCCCGGUGGUUUGGUACCAAAGUCGAUGCGAUUGAGCAUUGGGAGAAGAAGUUCAACGCUGCCGAUGAAGAAGUGAAAGAGAUGAGGAGGACCGGCAGAUUUGGCGCUACGCAUGCCGCCUUUGUGACAUUUGAAGAUGCCCGCGAUGCUCAAGUUGCAUGUCAGGUAACGCACUACCCGCAUCACUCCCAGGCAGUCACUACACCGGCUCCCGAACCUCGCGAUAUCGUAUGGCAGCACGUCUCAAUGAGUAUUAGGGAGUCCCAAAUCCGUGAUUUUAUCGUCAUGGGCAUAAUGGGCGUCUUGAUCCUUACUUGGAUUGUGCCGGUAUCUUCCUUGGCAACACUGAUGUCCUAUGAGGAGAUUAAGAAGAUCAUGCCUUGGCUCGCUAGAUUCAUUGGUUCUUCACCAAGGCUUGCUGCGAUCGUGCAGAACUCGUUGCCAUCAUUGGCUUUAAUUACUUUCAACGGAUUGUUGCCUUUCUUGCUGGAGUGGUUAAGUUAUAUGCAGGCAUUCAAGAGCAGGAGUGCAACAGAAUACUCUUUAAUGAAGAAGUAUCACCUCUUUCUCCUUAUUUCCGUCCUUCUCAUCUUCCUGUUAACCUCUACCUAUUGGGCAUUGGUCAGAGACCUCGUUGAUACCCCUAUGAAGAUCCCCGAGAAACUCGCUCGGGCAUUGCAAGGAUCGAAUGUCAGAAACUUCAUGGUCUCAUAUGUCAUGCUUCAGGCUCUUGGUUUAAUGCCCCUCCAGCUCCUUAACCUUGGUCCUCUAUUCUCUCUCGCUUUAGCCAGAGCAUUCUGGACAAAGACUCCACGAGACUAUGCGGAAGCUAAUGCACCGCCUAUGCUGAAUUAUGGCUGGGUGUACCCGCAAGCCUUACUGGUGUUCACUAUUACUCUGGUAUACAGUGUAAUGAGUCCCCUGAUACUGAUUUUCGGGGCUAUUUACUUUGCUAUGGCAUAUUUGGUAUUUAAAUACAAGCUUCUCUUUAUCUACUUCAAGCCUUACGAAUCGAACGGUGAAGCUUGGAGGAUCACUUUUGCUCGAACUUUAUGGGCCCUCAUCAUAUUCCAGCUCUUCAUGACUGGCCUCUUCUCUCUUCGAACAUACUUCUGGGCAUCUGCGAUUAUGGUUCCCCUCAUCGUGUAUACCUUGUGGAAAAGCUGGAUGAUGUGGCAAGAUUUCGGCCCGCUAAGCGAGUAUCUGGCCAUUAGCAGCAUAUGUGAGGUUCAGAGAGGCGAAGGGGUUCAUGGAAUUCUGGGCGUGGACAGUGUCAGUCGAAGCCAGAGCAUGAUUAAUCACCGUCGGUACGCUAUGAACGACGAAACACUCUAUGUGGCGCCUUCCGAUUCCCGAACAGACUACUCCCAACCACCCAUGAAUAACUUUUACUACAGUGUUCUAAACACUGGCCGACGGCGAUACGCUCACCCGGCUUUAGACGGAAGCUUGCCAACACCCUGGUUACCGGCCAUAAGUAAAGACGAUGGAGAAGGCCAUAAAGGCAGGGGUACCAAAGCAGUCGUGCUUAGUUUGAGAAGGAAAGUGGUGAAGCGCCUCAGAGGACAUAGAGGGGACGAAGGUAUCAGCGGAAAUGGAGCGGCAAGUAUGGAAGGGAGUCAUGAGACGUUGGCGAUACCAGAAAGUUGGACACGUGGGGGAUCAGAUACAGCACACUCACCAGGGGCCUCACCUUCGCAUGCCCAACAAGAGUCAUACCCUUCCUCUAGCCUUUCCACCAACCCAUGGGGUGAUCCUUCACCCACCUCUUCCCUUCCAAACACCCGUAGCACACCAACACUGAAGAAAUCUUCUUACAGGGCUGGUACGGGACCAAUCGCGUUACCGGAGGAAGGUAACGUCUGGGAAGACGAUGAACCAGAGUCUCCUUCCACGUACUUCCACAACAGGGAACGAGGAAGGGCGUCUAGCAACAUUGAUCAAAGUGCGAUCGGAGUUAGCGAAGUUGGUCAAGGCAGCAGUGCACCUGUACCACCCGGAGUUGGUGGAGCCCUCUAGACGUGACCUGAUUUUGAACGAAUUGCACCUUGUUUGGCUUCUACAAUAUGCAGCUUUCUUCAUUUGAUCGCGUAGGGGAUAUGUCCACAUCGAUUUCCAAUGUCUGAUAGAACAUCAAGGUUACCAUCCUCAAUUGAUUUCAACUGAUGAUGGAAGCCUUCGAACUUGACUGUCAAGCUACUGUAGCCUUUAUGCACUUGUUGUAA